UUGUGUGUGUGCUCAAACAUAGGAAAAAGGAAUCUUAUGUGGAACUCGUUUCAGUGGCAAAUUUUUUUUUAUUUAAUAUCUACUGCUUAUAAUUAAAGUUUAAGCUGUGCCACUUUGGAGUGUGAAGAGUGGAAAGAAGUGGGGAAAAUUGUUUCAGGAUUAUCAUUAAGAAAAGAGGAAAAUAGAUAGAAAAAAUUAUUGAUUUCGAGAUUCAAGAAGAGAAAGAAUUUCGUGCGGGGAGAAAAUAAUCUUUUCUCGAAGCAUUAAAAAUCAAUUUCUAUUGAAAGGAAAACAUCUGAUUAUCAUACACAGCUAUCUACUAACUUCUGCUUCAUUCGAUACAGUAAUAUGCCAGUGAAAAAGCAAGAAGCACAUCGGGCACUCGAACUACUCGAGGAUUAUCAUUCGAGACUUGGAGGCCCUCAUGAUAGAGCGUUACGAAUUGCUAUCGAACGAGUUAUUCGAAUCUUCAAAUCACGGCUGUUUCAAGCUUUAUUAGAUAUUCAGGAAUUUUAUGAACUUACAUUAUUAGAUGAAUCAAAAAGCGUACAACAAAAAACUGCAGAAACAUUGUUGAUUGCAUCGAAAUGGGAGCAUGAAAAUUCAUCCAAAUUGACUGAUAUCGAUAUUAAUGGUUCAAAUUUACCGCUGACUCAGGCUUUCUUGAACCUUAAAGAAAAUCAACAGUUUCAGACUGAUACUCAAAGUCGAUUAAAGAACGAUGAAAAUGCGGACGUUGACAAAGCAUUAGCAUCUGAGUCUAAAAAGAAGUCAGAUCAAACUGUAAAAAAGACAAAUGGAGAUGAUCAAUGGAUGGAAGAAGAAAUUGUUUUAUCACGAGGAACGGGUGGUUUGGGGUUUUCAAUCGCUGGAGGCACAGACACACCACACACAGGAACUGACACCGCAAUUUAUAUCACUAAAGUUAUUCCUGGUGGUGCUGCAUAUGCCGAUGGACGAGUUCAUGUCAAUGACAUGAUAUUGUCAGUUAAUGAUACAUCGGUUGUUGAUGUUCAACAUUCAGGAGCUGUGGAGGCAUUGAAAACAGCCGGCGAGAAGGUCAAAUUGGUUGUUAAGCGUAAAGUAACAAAUCUUCCGAAAACAACUGAGAUUGAUCUCAUCAAAGGCGAUAGAGGUCUUGGAUUCUCCAUCGCUGGUGGCAUUGGAAAUCAACAUAUUCCUGGUGAUAAUGGAAUUUAUGUGACUAAAAUUAUGGAAGGUGGUGCGGCAUUUGUUGAUGGUCGUCUUAGUAUUGGCGAUAAGUUGCUCAAUGUUAAAACCAAAUCAUUUAAUAAGAACUUGGAAAAUGUCUUACACGAUGAUGCUGUAGCAACAUUAAAAGCUAUCGUUGGUCAAGUCGUUUUAUCAGUUCAGAAACCUCAACACAUUGUUCAAAGCUCAUCAAAUUUUCAACAAACAAAUUCUCAAUCAUUGAGUGCUAUGAAUAAAGUUGGUCAGGAUGUUCGUGAUGCAUCUCCAUUACCAGUUUUAGAGAAUUCAUCAUCGCGUCAUGCAUCAAGCAGUGUGUUAGCUUCAAUUCCACCAGGUACACCGAGAGCUGUUAGUCAUGAAGACAUCACCAGAGAACCACGAACAAUUGUUAUUCAUAAAGGAAAUUCGGGUCUUGGUUUUAAUAUUGUUGGUGGUGAAGACGGUCAGGUAGGAAUCUACGUGUCGUUUAUCCUGGCUGGUGGACCGGCAGAUGCUGGUGGUGAAUUGAAACGUGGUGAUCAAUUAAUAAAUGUCAAUGGUGUAAGUUUAAAGAAUGCAACACAUGAAGAGGCUGGUCAAGCUUUGAAGAAUGCUGGUGGAACGGGCACACUUAUCGCUCAGUAUCGUCCCGAAGAUUAUAACAGAUUCGAAGCAAGAGUGCACGAACUCAAGCAACAAGCUGCUGCAGUUCAAGCAAUCGGAAGCACUGGAACACUUCUUCGAACAUCUCAAAAGCGAUCACUUUAUGUUCGAGCGCUUUUCGAUUACGAUCCAAAUCGCGAUGAUGGAUUGCCAACAAAAGGUCUUCCUUUUAAACAUGGAGACAUUUUACAUGUCACUAACGCAUCGGAUGAUGAAUGGUGGCAAGCAAGGAGAGUUGUGGGCGAUGGUGAAGAAGAGAAUAUCGGAAUAAUUCCUUCUAAAAGACGAUGGGAACGAAAGCAAAGAGCGCGUGAUCGAAGCGUUAAAUUCCAAGGAUAUCAGCCAAAUAAUGUUGAGAAGACUUCAACAUUGGAUCGUAAGAAGAACAAAAACUUCUCAUUUAGUCGUCGAUUCCCAUUCAUGAAAAGUCGAGAAGAUUGUAAGAAUGAAGAUGGAUCCGAUCAAGAACUUAACGGCAACGGUGUUGACCAUGUGAAUACUCUAAAUGGUCAUUCAGAGCAACGCGAACAGCCUUUUAUGUUAUGUUACACCCAGGACGAUGCAAACGCUGAAGGCGAGAUAAUCUACAGAGUGGAACUGCCGGAUAUGGAGGAAAUAACGAUGAUCUACUUGGAAAAUAGCGAUGCUGACUAUAUGUCUGAUGAGAAUGUUUUAUCUUAUGAGUCUGUUCAUCGACUGCAGAUCAGCUACAGCAGACCAGUUAUUAUUUUGGGUCCACUAAAGGACCGUAUCAACGAUGAUUUAAUCUCAGAAUAUCCUGAUAAAUUCGGAAGUUGUGUUCCACACACAACAAGAGCAAAACGAGACUAUGAAGCUGAUGGACGGGAUUAUCAUUUUGUAUCAUCACGAGAACAAAUGGAACGAGACAUUCAAAACCAUCUGUUUAUUGAAGCUGGUCAAUAUAACGACAAUCUAUAUGGAACUUCUGUUGCAAGUGUUCGUGAAGUUGCUGAAAAGCAAGGAAAGCAUUGCAUUCUCGAUGUUUCUGGCAAUGCUAUUAAACGAUUACAAGUUGCACAGUUAUAUCCAAUCGCUAUAUUUAUUAAACCAAAGUCAGUUGAAUCUAUAAUGGAAAUGAACCGACGCAUGACUGAUGAACAAGCAAAGAAAACUUUUGAGCGGGCUUUGAAAAUGGAACACGAGUUUGGCGAAUACUUCACAGGAGUUGUUCAAGGCGAUACCAUUGAAGAUGUUUAUAGUAAAACAAAACAGCUCAUCUGGUCUCAAGCAGGUCCUGUUAUUUGGGUACCAUCGAAAGAAUCUCUAUGACAACAGGAUGUCACAAAAUGGACACUGCCGCCGAGAGUGAGACCCAAAUCAGUUUCACGCAGUCAAUGUCAUUAUUCAAACUCUUUCCUCUAAUGAUUCAAUAAUUUGGUAAUCAUUAUCAUUAUUCGUGUUCCGCCUUUUCAAACCUUUCAAUGCGAAUAGCGUAGAAGAAAUAUUUAGAUUUAAAACUUUUAUUCAUAAAUUCAGGACUUUCUCAUUCAUUUGUCACUUGUAUUUGUCGUAUUCGCAAUCGACAUUACCCGAACCCGAACCGAAAAAAAAAAUAUCUUUAUGACAAAACUCGAACAAUUAGGCUCAAAAUGUCGAGCAAAAGUCCUGAUAUUUAUUCUCUUAUGUAUUUAAUAAUUAAAAAGAAAAAGAAAUCUUUGGAGGGAUUAACAUUAAUUUCAAGUAAAACUUAAAAAAAACUUACUUGAAGAAAACAAAUAUUUAAAAACUCGUCUUGCAAUGUUUAUUAGGAUAAAAUUUUAAGGCAACUAACACUACUUAGAAGUCUCUUAGCUGAUACUUAUUCUUUAAAAAGAAAUAAGAACGUGAAAAGAAAGUUCUUCUCAUUAAAAAAGAAAGUUUAGCAAUUCAACCUACCGAUGGAUAAUUGUAAAUCAUUUUUAUCGACUAAGUUUGUGUCAUCGAAAUAUCGUUGAUGAUUUUCAUAGUUAGUUGAACUUUUACAAAUGUCAUGCGACCCCUAAUUGACUUAUUCUCUACUAAAUAUGAGGAAAGAAGUAUUGUUUUCACUCUCUAACAAACAAAUAAUGCAAACCCAUCAAAACCUAUAAUAACUUUACAAUUUCUUAAGCAAUUAAACAACAACAUAGACAAACAUAAAAAAAUGCAAAUCCCUACCAUCAUUGUUGCCCUACCAGAUCAGAUUGUUAUGAAUAAAAUUGUAUUACGAUUGAACCUUUGUAGUGUCCACUUAAAUAUUUAAGGGAAAAAUGAAAUAUAUUUAUAAUAAUUGAAAAAGAAAAUACUUUUCUGUGAAUCAAUUGCAAUUUAAAAACUUAUAACUGGUGUUUCUAUUUAUUUUUUCUUUCAAUAAGUAAAUGCAUGAGUCUUAUUGGUUGUGGUAUGAUAAUCGAACUAUUUAUGGAGAACUUUCUAUCGAAAUUCUUCAAUUUUUGAUCCAACUUAAGAGACAUUUCAAGUUAAAUUUUUAUUCAUAUCGUGAAUUCUACUGAGGUUCGACUGUAGUAAGAAAUCCACAAAAAUGUUUUUAGAAAGAAGCUUUUGGGGAAUGUACAAAAUAAAAAGAGUUAUAAAUACAUGAAGCACUAUCGUGUGCUAUUCUAAUUGUGGUGCAUACACAAAAAAACAUUAAAUAAAUAAAUAUUUUAGAUGAUAAAAUAAGAAUUAAAAAAGAUUAUUGAACAGUUGGAUAAAUAUUGCAUAGUUUCGAGUCGAAUGAUUGAUUGAUUGUAGGAAAUAAUUCUCAUGUACAUAAAUAUAUUAAAAACAGACAUUUUUUAACACCGGGUUUUUGAGAGAUAGCAAAAAACACUUGAAAAUGUAUCACAAUUCGAUGUUUAAUAAAUCAAAUGAUUGUAGUUUAAAUUCAGAUGCAUGUUCCGAUGAAAAAGUGUCGUGAUCCGCAUUUGUUGUAUAAAAAUGAAGAUUUUUUUCCGUUUCUAUUUUUAUUUCAUAUUAAAAAUCGAAGUUUUGUUUUGACGGAAUAAAAUAUUAAAUAAUGACAUCUUGUUAAAAAUAAAACAAAAAAAAAACUCGUAGAAGUUCUUCGUUCUGAACGAAAUCAUCAAAUUAAGAGAAUCUUUUCAAGGUUGCCAAAUCUUCCGUUAAUAUUUCUAUUUCUUAACAUGUUUGACAUUUUUCAAACAUUUAUAUUAAUAAGUAUAUUUAACAAAACAAAAACCUGGUCAAGUCUAACGGAAUCAACAGGAGGUUCUUUUCAAUUAUCAUAAUUUCGAUUUCUGAACUCUGAAAAGAAUGAGAUUCUCUUAAGUUGUUUGAUUUGUUUAAAAUGCUAAGAUAAGCGAAAACUUAUAGCAGCAAAUAUCUAAUUAUUAUAUCUAAUACAUUAAUGAAACUUUCUUUCUUGUGUUACAGCAUUUUAUUGAUUUUAAUUAUUAUAGAAAUGGUUGCACACAUUAUAUUGUUUUAAAUUCAAUCUAUGAUAACAAUGGAAAAUUUAAAACAUGUUUAAAAAUUGUUGAAUAAAUAUUUCUUCGAAAGAACCUCAUAAUAAAGAAAAAAAGCUCG